ACUAUUUUUGCUUAAUUUGGGAAAAGCCCCCGCCUCAGCCUUCGGCCGCCACCCACUCGCUCAGCUCCACCACCACCAGCUCUCUUCCGCCCCGCUCUCUUAGAUCCGCCGCCACCCACUCCCCUCAGAUCCCCCCAUUGAUAUCCCUCAUCUACCUCCCCUGCCUUAGGUCCUCCACCGUCAAUCUCAACCUCCACGACUCCAAGUUCUCGCUCCCUCCCUCCCUCCCAUUUUCUACCCAGCAGCAGGCAAUUACGAAAGUCCAUUCAACAUCGGAUUACCUAUCCCUGAAGUAGUGACAGUUACCACAAGGGCAAGAACCAAGCAACAAUCAUCUAUACCUGGUUAACAUGCCAUUGUAAAAAUCUUCAUUUUCUGCAUUGAGGAAUUUUUUUCUUGUUCAUCUGCAUGAAGCUUGACUCUGCGUGGGUGCAUUGCUGUGUGUCUGCACAUGCUUUUGUGUGUUUCUGGGUAUGUGGCUGGCAAUUAAUAUUGUUUGGGAUUGAUCGAGUUUUUUUGCAGACAUGUCUGAGCAAAGGUCGAGGUUUUUAUUUCCCACCGUGCCACAUACUCAAUGUGUGUGGGUUCCUGGUCUUACUUGAUUGCCCUCUGGACCUUUCAGCUCUAACAAUCUUCUCUCCUAUUCUUACUGAUUCUAAGGCUAUUCUUGAUGAAGAUUCUGAUUGUCCAGCUCAUAUAUCUUUGGAUUCUGAAUCUAGGGGUUCAAAGAGGCAGAAAUUGGAAAAACCCCUAGAUGAUACAAAAAAUUUCGUACACUCGGAGCCUUGUUACAAAACUGUUAAAAACUUAAACCUAUGGGACAUUACUUCUAUUAAUGUUGUGUUGAUCUCAAGUCCUAUGGGUAUGCUUGGAUUACCUUUUCUAACUCGCAUGAAGGGUUUUUCUGCUAAGAUUUAUGCCACUGAAGCAGCAGCAAGACUUGGGCAGUUUAUGAUGGAGGAUCUUGUAAUGAUGCAUAUGGAGUUCAGGCAGUUUUAUGGACCUGAGGAAUCUAGUUUUCCUCAGUGGAUGAAAUGGGAAGAACUUGAAGUGCUUUCAUCAGCAUUGAAAGACAGGGUUUUGGGAGAAGAUGGAUCGGAACUUGGUGGUUGGAUGCCCUUGUAUAGUGCAGCUGAUGUGAAGGAUUGCAUACAGAAGGUUCAGGUUCUUAAAUAUGCUGAAGAAACUUGCUACAGUGGCACAUUGAUCUUAAAAGCAUUCAGCUCUGGCCUAGAAAUAGGCACAUGUAAUUGGACAAUAAAUGGUCCAAAAAGAAACAUUGCGUGUCUUUCCAGUUCCAUCUUUGUGUCUUCUUAUGCAAUGAAUUUCGAUUACCAUGCUCUUCAAGGAUAUGAUCUGGUUUUAUAUUCUGAUUUCUCGCUCCUUGAUGUCAUGGAAGAUACUGACAAUGAUAAUUAUUUUGCGCCAGCGGCAAACAAUUUCUCAGCUACUAGUGAUGAUAGUGAUACCCAGGAUGUCAAUACCGAGUCAUUGCUUAACACUGAUGAGAAUUUGGAGGAGACGGAGAAAUUAGCUUUUAUAUCCUCCUGUGCCAUAGAUUCUGUUAAGGCUGGUGGUUCAGUCCUUUUUCCCAUUGGACGACUUGGAAUUGUACUGCAGCUUUUGGAGAAUAUUUCAAGUGACUUAGAAUCUUUAAAUCUGAAGGUCCCUUUGUUUAUUAUCUCUUCUGUAGCAGAAGAAUUACUAGCUUUCUCAAAUAUUAUUCCUGAAUGGUUAUGCAAGCAGCGGCAAGAAAAGCUGUACUCUGGUGAGCCAUUGUUUGCACAUGUAGACCUUAUAAAAGAGAAAAAGCUUCAUUUGUUUCCUGCAGUUGAUUCGGAUAAAUUACUAAGAAUCUGGCAGGAACCAUGCAUAGUAUUUUGUUCUCACUGGAGCCUGCGCCUUGGAUCUGUUGUUCAUUUGCUUCAGCGUUGGUGUCGGGAUCAAAAUUCUUUACUUGUCAUGGAGAAAGGAGUGGAUGCUGAUUUGGCUCUCUUACCUUUCAAACCAAUGGCAAUGAAGAUCCUGCAGUGUUCAUUUCUUUCUGGAAUGAAGUCGCAGAAAGUUCAACCUUUGCUGAAGAUGUUGCAGCCAAAAAUUGUUUUGUUCCCUGAAAAAUUGAGGCGCCAUUUCAGUUUUUCAAGUACAAGUCCAAUCUCAUUCAUACAAUACUCUGAAAAUGAAACACUGCGUAUACCAAGCUUGAAGCUGAAUUCAGAGUUGGACAUUGCAAUAGACUUGGCUUCCCAGCUCAAGUGGACAAAGUUGAAACAGGAAAACAUCAAUAUAGCAAGACUAAAGGGGGAACUUUUUGUAGAGCACAGUAAACAUCUGUUACUCCCUGGGAAUGGAAAUGGAAAUGAGCAAGUGGUCGGCUUUUCACAGAUGCAGCACUGGGGUUCACUUGAUGUGCAAAGUCUUGUGACAGGAUUGCACAAUAUGGGAAUUAAUGCAUCUGUUGAACAAGGCAAGCAUGAUGCUACUACUCAAUCAGACUUUACUGUAUGUGUUCUCGAGCCUAAGAAGGCCUUGAUUAAAAUCAAUGCGACAAGUACUGUUAUUAGUGCCGCUGAUGAGAAAUUUGCCACCUUCAUUUUUGAAGCCAUCUGCAACUGUUUCUGUUUGGAUGGCAUUUAAUGAAACACAGAGGGGUUGUUGGUUCCUCUUUUAUCUGUUUAUGCUAAUUAUUUAUUUUAUUUCUUUUGUAUCUAGAUUCUAGAGGACUAAUAGAGAGAAAUAUACCUAUAUCUUUAGCUAGCUUUUUAGCUAAGUAAUCCUCUCCGCUAUGAAACUGUUACUAAAGACCAUCUGGCAAGUCUUUUGUUCUUCCUCCCGGUCCCAUCAAUUGUUAAAGAGUAUGUCCAGUCAUCCCGAUAUUUGAUCUAUAGUUGAUCCCAUUAUAUCAUCCAUCCAGGUGAGGGAGGGCAAUUGAAGAUUGGACCUGGAACUACUUCAUUCUUUAAUUUCUAAUAAAAUUUGAUUUCGUGA